ACACGUUCAACUUGGGUGACAUCUCCUCUAUACGUUUUCCUAUCUGCUGGGCAGUUAUAAGUGGAAACAGCAAGGAUACAGAACGCAAAUAGAUAUCGCUCUCUCUCUCUCUGCACUGUCUUCCCAUGGAGUGCACCAGCAGCAGUGCCGCCGUUUGAAUCAUUUCUCCUGCUGCAACAAUAUUAUUGCCAUCGGUGACCGCGGUCAAUAAAUCAGUGGGGAAAACUCCAUCGCAGUUAUUGAUGUCUGGGCGGAAGACGUUCAUUCACAAUUCAUCUUCUCCCUGCCCGCUCGACUCUGUGUCGUGUUACUUUGACGUCGUAAAAAUUUCAUAUCAGUGAUAUAUACUUGCACCGUUGUCAUGAGUACGAUACAAUCUUCCAUCUCUAAGCGGAAUCUCCUCAUGAUGCGUAACAGAAGCGGAUCUCAAGGAACCAACGAAGUCAAUUUGGCUUUAAUCGGAGAGCUCGGCAGCGGCAAAUCAGCCCUGACUGUGAAGUAUAUCACCCGCCGGUUUAUCAACGAGUACGACCCAGAAUUAGAGGACACUUAUUCCAAGCCGGAGCAUGUCGACAAUCAGGACAUUUUGGUGAGGAUUAUGGACACGUGCGACAAAGAAGGCAAAGACCCCGAACGCUAUUUGAAAUGGGCUGACGGAUACUUAGUAAUAUACAGCAUUACACAGCGAAGCAGUUUUGAAACGGCGCAGAGGUAUCUGGACGGUAUAAGUCAACAUUUAAGACUCACGACCACUUACGACGCCCCGCUGAUACUUAUUGGGAACAAAGUGGACCUGGAACGCUACAGGACGGUAAGUAAACCUGAAGGUUCCAGUCUGGCUCAUUUCUACAACGCUGCCUUCUUCGAGACUUCCGCGGCCGAAGAGUUCAGCUCCGUCGAGCGCGUUUUCCACGAAGCUAUUCGCGAAGUGAUUCGCGAGCAGGAGCGCUACAUGCCCAUUCGCAGUUUGUAUUUUGGCAAUGAAGAGAGCAAAAGCGGCAACAGUUUCCUCACGCAUAUCGAUCGUUCACGUCGUUUGCGCUCACCGGGAGUGAUCCAUCAUAGCAGUAAGAACGGACAGUCCAGCAGCUCGUCGUCAAGCGCCAGCAAGGACGGCAGUAGCAGUAGUCGUCCCGAAGCUGCCGGCAACAACUCCCGAUUCUCUUUCCUUAAGGGCAAAGGUUUCAAAGGAAUUUUCCAAUAAAAUCACGGCCGCAAAAUAAAACGAAAGUUACACAAGUUUCACUCAUGUCAUUUGGUUGCAAUAUUUCACUGUCAUUUUACUUUGCCACUUUACAAUGUCCUCCCACACCAUUAUUUUUAGCUGAUGCCUCAAUGUGAUCUGAUGUUGAUAAAUGUAUCGACUUUUUAAAAAAUUUGCUGCACAACAUAUAAUACUGAUUUCGUCGUCUUUACACGAACAAGAAUGAGUGUGAGUUUCACAAGAAUAAAAUAUAAAUAUCGAACACUU